UUGUAAUUUAAUGUUGUCUUUGAAACAGAUUGACGUUGACUUUGUCAAUCAAAUCUUCAAACUAGUUCAAAGUCAAACUGACAAGUAACAAUAAUAAGAAAAAGAAAACAAUAGUUCACUAAACUUUAUUUGAGGGAAAUGUAUGUUUCUGUGUAGCUCUGAAAGAAUGUAUUCUGUGUUUUCCUGAAUGUGAAUAUGCCAAUUAUAAUUCAACGCAAUAAACAUAAUAAUAUAAUUUAAAUAAAACAUUUUUCGUAUAAUAUUACUUCUCGGCAUUUCAACGACCCAUGUUAAAGAAAUGUGAAAGUUCUAUCCAUCACUGCAAACAUUCCCGUUACAUGGAAUUGGAUUUAAUAUAUUCGACGUCAAAAUUUUUUUGGUUUCAUUUGAUCGACUGUAAAACUACAUAAAAAUGCGUCGUGCCAAAGGAUAUCAGGAUUUAGAUGAGAGUGGAAUUGCGGUUCGGUCUUUAGCGCCACCGAUGCCGCCUCCACAAGAAAUUGAAAUGGCCUCAGUAACUGUAGUCCCUGACGACACAUUCACAGUAACACAAGCUGUAAAUGCUCUAGGUUUCGGUUGGUUCCAAGUGAAGCUAUCAUUAUGCACAGGGCUCUGUUGGAUGGCAGACUCAAUGGAGAUGACAAUUCUAAGUAUACUGUCACCAGCUUUACACUGCGAAUGGAAUAUAAGCAAAUACCAACAAGCUCUCACUACCACAGUUGUAUUCAUGGGUAUGAUGCUAAGCUCAACAUUCUGGGGAAACAUUAGUGAUAGAUAUGGCAGAAAAACUGCUCUUAGUAUGUGUGGCGUGCUCCUGUUUUACUAUGGCCUGCUUAGCUCAAUAGCACCAAAUUUUCUUUGGUUACUCUUUUUAAGAGGCUUAGUUGGUUUUGCUAUUGGAUGUGUGCCCCAGUCUGUCACGUUGUAUGCUGAAUUUUUGCCAACCAAACAAAGAGCCAAAUGUGUAGUAUUGUUGGAUUGUUUCUGGGCGUUAGGAGCAUGUUUAGAAGUGGCACUCGCAUUAGUCGUUAUGCCGACUCUCGGCGUUCACUGGCUACUCGCUCUGUCUACAAUACCCUUGCUUAUGUUCGCACUCAUAUGCCCUUGGCUGCCAGAGUCGGCUCGAUUUCAUGUGGCUAGCGGGGAAGCUGAUAAAGCACUUGCUACUCUUGAACAAAUUGCACAAGACAACGGUCGACCCAUGUUACUUGGGCGUUUGGUGUGCGAUGAUUCUGUGGGCAUAGGUCAACGGGGAAGAUUGAAGCACUUGCUCAUACCGCAUCUGAGGAAUACUAGCCUUCUGCUGUGGUUUAUAUGGAUGUCCUGUGCCUUCUGUUACUACGGCUUAGUCCUGAUGGCGACAGAGUUGUUCGAAUCGAAUCCUGGUGGACUGGAGGAAGCGUGUGCCGCUGACUGCAGGCCGCUUCAGACGACAGAUUACAUGGACCUAUUGUGGACUACACUAGCAGAGUUCCCGGGUAUUUUCGCGACAAUAUUCAUUAUCGAGAAAUUCGGUCGCAAACGAACAAUGGCGACGCAGUUCAUAAUAUUCGCUUUGUGCGUCUGCGUGUUGAUUUAUAACUCUGAUCGAACAUUCCUCACUUGCAUUUUGUUCCUGGCUCGGGGUAUUAUAGCUGGACUCUUCCAAGCGGCCUAUGUUUACACUCCAGAGGUGUACCCCACAGCGCUGAGAGCGACAGCGGUGGGCGCGUGCAGCGGGGUCGCUCGACUGGGAGCCAUGAUCACGCCCUACGUGGCACAGGUGUUACUAAAGAACUCGGUGGCUAUAGCGACCGGGGUGUACGCAUUGGCGGCGGUCUUAGCUGCCUUUGCCUGUCUCGCUCUACCCAUCGAGACGAAAGGGAGAGAGAUGCGAGACACAGUGACGACAGCUUCUUAAAAAAUCUCCCUAGGUCUGUACAUUAUCGACAUCGGAGCCUGAAAUGCGAAGCAUGUUUAAAAAAACAUAUCCCUAAAUUAAUCUUAAAGUUUCCAUAGGGCGUUAAAUUUCUACUUUAAUUUUAAAAAAUUGGUAUACAAAUUUUUUACCUUCAUACUGUUUGUUACAUGGUCAUCACAUAAAGUGGGUGAUAAGAUAAAGUUCAAUUUGAGAUUUUCAAUAGGAAAAAAAAUCUACUAGUGAUGUCGAGAACUAAAUCCGUUCAAUUAACAUUGUUGGAAAAAUAAUUAAGCGAAUAAGAAAAAUAAUCAUGAAAUAAAAUAAAAAUAAUUAAGUAGGGCUGCACCAUAAGAAAACAUUAUAAUGCAACGUACUAUAAAUACUUACCGAAUACUUAGUCCAACGGCUAAUAUAUAUCUCACAAUGUCAUUUUGAAAGGAAUGUUCUCACAUGCUACCUUUACCUAACAAUUGGUAAACAUGUUUUUUUUUAAUAUUGUGUUAAUAAAUAUUCGACAUUCGAAUCUCGAGAAUAGUUUUGAUAAUAUUCAAUAUUUAUGUGAAGGUAAUGAGUGUUGUUAUACAAAAAAUAAUGUUUGCUCAAUGAUCGAAAUUGGACAAUAAUCACUGACAGCUAAUGAUUUACAUUAAUUCAAUGUUUAACAUUUUUAUGUAUAACAUUUCUUCAACGGUUCUUCAGUGUUUUGUCCUUUGGCUUGUUUAACGAAAUUUUCGGUCUAGCAACCCUGACUGCAGUACCAGUGAUAUAAAAUAAGUACAUCCCGAAUAUGUAUGUACUUAUUUUAGUCUCGAUACGUGAUUCCAGCAUCCAUACUCAGAAGAAUGAACGUGAAUGGUUUUAAAACAUAUUUAUCACUAUGCAUAAGCCGAAAGUAAAUUUAGAAUUUCUUUAAUUAAACGACUAAGUGACUGAUUGAAUAAUACUCUCUAUCAAAAUUAAAUAUACAUUCGAUUUAUGCGGUGUUGCAAUAAAAUGAAAUUUCCUUUUUUUGUAACUAUCGGUGUACCCUUAAAUCGAUGUCGGCUAAGUCAUUGGAAAAAAACUAGGGUUGGUUCGAAUACAGGAAUUUAUAGGAUACUUACAUAAACGUAACUUUGACAGUAUAAAAGCUAGAUUUAAAAAAAAAAAACAUUAUGCAGUGCCUUGAAAUGAUAUUGAAUAAAAAAUUGUACUUACUUAAAAAAUCUUAAAGUAUUAUGUUUACUAUAUGAACUCAAAUAAUAUUAAGUUCAGAGCAAAUCAUUUAAAAUUAAGAGUUAAGAAAGGAAUAUUUUAAACUCACCAAUAUUGCAUUUCAUUCUUAGGUUUUUAUUUUAACUCUAAAAGACUGCGAACUAAUUUAAGAUAAAAAUAAUAAUACGUAACAUUCGUUCCGUAGUUAAAACAUUAAACUGUUUUUGCUUGUGUUUUGUAAGAUAUAUUAUUAUGUAUAAUAUUUACUGAACUUCUACGGGGCAAAAGUUGGUACCGUCGAUUUUAAUUGUAAAAUUUAUGUUACACCAAAACGACUGUGAAAUGGACUGUCGUAACUUCGUUCGUAAAAAUAUACAUUUUUAUUACAAGUACGUACUUAAUUUAAGCUUUAACUUUCUUUCGUUUUUUUUUUUAAUAAAUGUAUUAAGAUGUUCAUACUUUUAACAAUACAAUAAACCAGGAGAAACGCUCUUUCUAAACUGUACCGUGCAAUGUCUUAGGUUCAAUAACGUGCCUCAUGUUUUUGAGAGUUUAUUUACAAGAUCGCGUAAUUUGUAAUCCUCAACUAUUAUUAUACUAUUUUUAUUUUCCCUACUGAUUCGCUAGUAGAUCAUAGAUAUAUAAUAAUUAAGACUAGUUUGACUUUUCGUACUUUCGAGUUUAAAUCAUAAUUAUUUAAAAAAAAAAAACUUUGACAGAAAUUGCCUUUUUCCAAGAAAUCCUUUCUCUUACAGAAUGAGAAUCAAAAACUUCUCUAUAUGAAAUAAUACCUUAAUUUACAUAUAUCAUAAUUAACUUUCCUUCGCUGUGUGUUCAAAAUAAUCACUUAUGUCUAUAUGUUUAAGAUCUCAUUUUUGCUGUCAUGGAACAAAUUUAUUUUUCUCUUCUCGACCCUAGGUACAUUUUGAUAAAAUCAGUAAUCGUCAUUUAGUACGAAAAUCAAACUAAAAUUAACAACUGACUGACAUUCGCUAGGAAAUAGUGAACUCUAUAAACGAGCUUGUUUUAUUGAUAAACUCGCAGUAGGCUUUUGUCAGAUAUAACUUUAAGGUCAGUCGAAACAGAAUUAGUAUGUACACUUUUGUUGUCAUUACUGGGUCCAUGGGCGGCGAUGUCUACUUACCAUUAGAUAGUUUACUGGUGGUAGGACCACUUGUGAGUCCGCGCGGGUAGGUACCACCACCCCGCAGUAAUGCGUUUCGGUUUGAAGGGUGGGGCUGCCGUUGUAACUAUACUUGAGACUUUAAACUAAUAUCUCAAGGUGGGUGGCGCAUUUACGUCGUAGAUGUCUAUGGGCUCCAGUAACCACUUAACACCAGGUGGGCUGUGAGCUCGUCCACCCAUCUAAGCAAUAAAAAAAGGUAAAUCGUAAGCUCGUCUGCCUACGAAGAAAAUAAAAGCAAUACCUAAUAUAAUUUAAGAUCAUGUUAACCUAAAGAUGAAUUUUUGAUAACCGACGGUAAAGGAAACCGAGAAAGUCUGGAUAAUAAGUGCAAUAUUUUUCUUUUUAAUGCCGUGUUCUUAUUUAGACAUUUAAUCUGUGAUCCCGUCUUGUUCACUGUAGGUACAAACAUGACGCAACAUGCGACACAUAUUUAAAAAAAAAAAUAUUUUUCUUACACGCUGAUUGAUUAAAAUUGUAAAAUUAAACCGGUGUAUUGUGCGCUUUCGUACCUGGUUUGUUGUAUUUUCUAUGUUAUUUAUUGUGAUUAAUUUCUAGUAUGUUAUGUAACUACCGUCUGUAUACUUAAAUGGAACUCCUAAGUCUAAACGAUUCAGUUUUUUUUUCAUGUAGGUAGUUCAUAAGGAACAAAGUUCUAAAAUACUCAAAACAUCCGUCCUUGUACCUAUAAUGUAUCCGUCCUUUGAUGUUUUCAUCGCAUUAAUAGUUUUAAACAAUUCCUGCACAGCUUUAUAUUAAAUAUUAUUUCUAUAGACGUUCGCCUUAAGUAAUUAAUGUAAUUCUGAAUAGACUUCACAAUAAAAGCAAAUUAUUUCUAUCAGAUAAUGAUUACACUCAAACAUCCUCUAAUUAAUCAAAUUUUGACAUGCAUUGAAUGCCCUGAUUAAUAUUAUUGUGACGUCUGUAGAAUUUUUAUUAAGGAAAUUAUUAAUUUAUCUAUAUCACAAAUGAAAGUCGGAUAAGGUGUAAUUUUAUUAAAGAUAUCAAUGUAUAAUCAAUGUUUCUUCUUGACACAAAACACGUAGCUUAGGGAUUUUGGAGAUAUUUAUUAUGAUUAUUUAAGCUUUAUACAAUAUUAUCGUGAUCGGAUCAUGAUUAUUACACCAAAUAUUUUAUCAAUUAAUUAACCUUUGUGAUGUUUAAUUUAUACUUUUUUAAAUAAAAUGUUAACAAAUA